AUGUCAGACGAUACGACACGGCAACCCGCAGCCACAGAAAAGGCUUUCACAUCAGAGCAAUGGAAGGAUGCCGAAGCGACACACGCAAAGGCACCUGAGAAUGCAAAUGUCUACGCCGCUGCAGCAUCACAGCACACCGCUGGUGGCUCGGCCGCAGAUGUCACCCUUACAGACGCUGCAAAGACCAUCAAGAUUGACGACUUUGCCGAUCUACCCAAGAAGCCAUGUGUCAGAGACUCUCUUCUUACUGGAAUGACUGCCGGAUUUGUAGUAGGCAGUUCGAGAGCCAUCUGGAGGGCACCGAUUCAGUCCGCCACGAACUGGGCUGUUGGAACCUUCGUCAUUGGAUCCGCCGCAAUGUACCAAUACUGCCAGCACAAGCGUCUGGCCGAGAAGGAGGGCAUGACGCGUGCCAUGGAAAUCAUCGACCGCAAGCAAGUCGAGCGCAAGCAGAAAGAAGCCCGUCUGGAGAGGGCAAGGGAGUUGCGCCGUCAGAAGAAGGAGCAGGAGGAUAAUCAGAAGUUCGCCGACUUGAACUCGGGAAAUGUCACACCAGGCGAGCCCAAGCCUUCUUCGUGGAAGCUGUGGUAG